CAGCAGGCGUUGUGUCCCUCUCUUCUUCGUUAAGGGUUCUCAGUUACCAUGGCUGCCCUAAGACCUCUUACCAAGCCUAAUAUUGUGAAGAAACGCAGGAAGAAGUUCAUCCGUCACCAGUCAGAUCGCUAUGUGAAAAUUGCGCGUAACUGGCGGAAACCAAGGGGUAUUGACAAUAGAGUUCGCCGGAGAUUUAAGGGUCAGAUACUUAUGCCAAACAUUGGUUAUGGCAGCAACAAGAAGACCAAACACAUGUUACCCUCUGGAUUCAAAAAAUUCUUGGUUCACAAUGUGAAGGAGCUGGAGGUUCUGAUGAUGAGCAACAAGACAUACUGUGCUGAGAUUGCUCACAAUGUCUCUUCCAAAAACCGCAAGACAAUUGUGGAGAGGGCAGCCCAGCUUGCUAUCAAGAUCACCAAUCCAAAUGCCAGGUUACGCAGUGAAGAAAAUGAAUAGUCUUCUUACUGAACUACAUCUAAUUCUUUAAUAAAAUGUUUAAAAUAAUUUA